CGAUCGGAUAUUGCACCAACAGAAUGUCAGACAAGUUUUCUAUGAUGUUCGCGCAGUUUCACGUUAUAAAACCAUAGCCAUGUCACGCACUACAUGCAGUGAAAUGGUACAUAUAUUUAUUGCUUUACGGUGACAAAAUUUGGGGACAAUUUAUUUUCAUUUAAGCUGAUUUUCAAGUGAUUCUGUUGGAUCAACAUGGCCAGUUCCAAUCCCGGUUCCACUAUACCACAGUCAAAGAUUCUUUCUGGUCGUUCUAACAGUAAUUUACUCAAGCUCGGCCUCGUCGUGGUUUCUCUACUCCUAGACAUCGUGACCUCAAGUACUCUAUUUUUUCAUGGCGGAGGUUUUUCAAGGUUCAUUGACGAAGCAAGUGGCAAGUUCAAGUUUUGCUCGAGCACUGUCGACGUAUGGUUGAUGUCCUUGUUUCGUUGUUGCCUCGUAUGUGGGGCUAUCAUUGGCUCUAUCUUCAAUCGUAGAGAAGCCUUCAAAAGACUUUCUUCUUCAACACGAACUAUAUUCUACGUCUCUUCAUCCCUUGUGAUUUACAUCGUGGUGAAAUUUCUCAUGAGUUACGAGUGUAAUUUGAGUUCUGACAGCAAAGUGUGGUUUUGGAGUCUGUGUGGGUUUGGUGUCUUUGCCAACUUUCUGUUGACAAGUUCCUGGUACAUCCUGUCAAGAAUGGCACCAUUGUCUAACCUUUCUACUGACCAAGAAAGUGGUGAAUUAUUUGAGCGAGAGCUAUUGUUGGACACUAAUGAAGAACAAGAAGCAAAAAACGAAAAGAAUAAAGAAUUUAUUACUAGUGCAUCGUCAUGGAAACUGCUUUCAUAUCUAAAACCAGACAUGGGUUAUGUCGCAUUAGCAUUUUUUUUUCUUGUUGCAGCAUGCGCAGCACAGAUAUUUAUCCCAUAUUAUACUGGUUUGGUAAUUGAUGGGAUAGCUAUUGAAAAGAAUAAAAAGAAAUUUGAGAUGGCUAUCUUAACCAUGGGAUUGAUCUGUCUUGGUGAAGCGAUUUGUGCUGGCUUUAGAGGAGCAAUAUUCCGUUAUGUGGCUUCAAGAUUUAAUAUCCGAAUCAACAACCUCCUAUUUGGCUCUAUUGUUAACCAAGAUAUUAGUUUCUUUGACAAGACCAAGACAGGAGAGAUUGUAUCACGACUAACAUCAGAUACUACAAAGAUGAGUGAUCAGGUGUCUUUGAAUGUCAAUGUAUUUCUUCGAAAUGUCUUCAAGGGAGCAGGAGUCUGUAUUUUUAUGUUCAAGUUGUCAUGGCAACUGUCAGUAGUGACUAUGAUUGGCCUUCCUCUAAUUGCCUUUCUGUCUGAAGUGUAUGGGAAUUACUAUAAGAAGCUUUCGACUGCCGUCCAGGAUGCCAUAGCAAGAACAAACGAAGUUGCAGCUGAGGUAGUCUCAUCCAUGAAGACAGUACGCAGCUUUGCUAAUGAGCAAGGGGAGUUGAAUCGCUACAAGGAAAAGAAUAAUGAAGUAUUCAAACUACAAAUCAAAGAGGCUGUUGUUAUUGGGGGUUAUAAUGGCUGCACCGAGAUCAUGUUUCUUGCAAUGGAAGUGAUAAUCCUUUACUAUGGAGGACACCUGGUGCUGGAAGGGUAUCUUACAGGAGGAAACCUUGUCUCAUUCAUUCUCUAUCAACUAGAGCUCGCUGAUGCUCUGGAGGAAAUUGGUGAUGUCUACACUGGUCUUAUGGAGGCUGUUGGGGCUGCAGAAAAGGUAUUCAAGUUAAUUGACCGUGAGCCAGCCAUCCUAAAUAAUGGCAAAGUCAUCCCUCUGAGCUGUGAGGGUGCUAUAGAGUUUAAAGAUGUCUCAUUCAGUUACCCAACAAGGCCAGAUAUCCCUGUCCUUGACAAUGUUUCUUUCAUGGUAGAGCCAGGCCAGGUUGUCGCUUUAGUUGGCCCAAGUGGAGGAGGAAAGAGUACAUGCAUUAAUUUGCUUGAACACCUGUACGAGCCGACAGGAGGCGAAGUCCUUAUUGAUGCUGUACCUGUUAAAGAUCUUGACCACUAUUACCUACACAACAAGGUGUCCCUGGUAGGACAAGAGCCUGUUCUGUUUGCUCGUUCCAUCAAGAAGAACAUUGCGUAUGGUGUUGAAGAUCUUGCUGACAACCCAGAGACUGUGGAGCAUGUGUCAAGAUUAGCAAACGCUCAUAGCUUUGUCAGUGGCAUGCCUAAAGGAUAUGACACAGAGACAGGAGAAAAGGGUCUUCAGUUUUCUGGGGGUCAGAAGCAGCGCAUUGCAAUUGCCAGAGCCCUGAUAAGAAACCCCAAAAUCCUUCUGCUGGAUGAAGCAACAAGUGCUCUGGAUGCAGAGAGUGAGCACUUAGUGCAGGAUGCCAUCUACAAGAACUUGCAAGGGCACACAGUACUGAUCAUUGCACACAGGCUUAGCACUAUAGAGAAGGCAGAUCUCAUCAUCGUGAUUGACAAGGGCCAAGUUGCUGAGAUAGGCACCUAUUCACAUCUGAUAGCUAAGGACGGGUUGUUCAACAGACUUGUUCAACGGCAGCUUGUAGGUCAUGCUGCCCCCACAUCAAGUGAUGAUGGGGCUUCCAUUGUGAGACACAGGAGCAUCCAGCGACAGGAUAGUGAUAGCUCAGGAUCGUCUGUAUCCUCUGGCAGUCCAGACUACAAAAUGAGCCCUCCAAAGUUAUAACUCUUAUAACAACCAAAUCAAGAAUGAUUUAUCAGAUGAUCAUAAAGAUUAAGGCAUCUGCCUACAAGCGAAAACAUAUUUGUUUAUAAAUAAAACACAUAAACAUAUUUGUAUAUAAAUAUAUUAAUGGGGCGAAUACUGUUUGAUAACAAAUAAGCUGGAAAUCGAGCCGCAUGCAUGGCUAAAUGAUGUGAAGUGGGCGUAGCUAAAUGAUGUGAAGUGGGCGUAGCUAAAUGAUGUGUAGUGGCUAUUACCAACAUGUGUAAAAGCUAAACUAUGGCAUCCAGGUAUUACUCCAUGUGUAUACUAUUGCUUGAAAUUACAGUGAUAACAUUCUAAUUUUGUUUUGCUAUACUGCACCAUUUAAACUAUUAAAAUUGUUGUACAUAGUUCUUGACUUAGCUACAUGUACAAUUGUGCUGGCCUAUUUUUUCACCUCAAGGCUACAGAGUAAUAUUAUAAUCAAGAUAAUACAUAUCAAAGUCAAAGAAGAAGGUUUUUAUUAUUUCUUAUAUAGACAAGAGAAUAGCUCAUCAAGCAACAAAAACUAGCACACUAGUUCCAGGAGUUCCAAGCAAGAACUUUCCUGCAUGAAGUUGAGUCGGUUAUACAAGUGUAGGGAAAAAAAAAUAUAUAUUUAUAUAUUAACUGAUGAGGCCUAGCAAUGGUAUGAAAUAGAACCUACUACGCAUGAUGCAUGCACUUUAUUAUGUACAGAGUUGCACUGACACUUGUGCAUUUUACCUGUCAACUCUCCCGCAUUAGGCCGGAGUCUCAAGAUUUUGGACUCCUCCCGCCUUAAGCACCAAAUCUCCCGCUUUUUAGAGAUUUUUAUCACUUCCCCAAAAAAUAUUCUCUAGAAAAUUGUCAUUUUGCCUAUUUUCUAUUAAAAUAUUUAAAACAA